AUGGAAAUAGAUGUGGAAGUAUGUUGUCAAACAGAAGAAAGUACACCUAGAAAUGAAGCUGGUUGUCAGACAGAAGAAGGAGCAUCUCCCGCAAGAAUAGAAACAAUCGCAACUUCUCAAAAUCCUUCUCAUAAUAAUAAUCAAUCUCCAGAAAGAGAUAGGGGAAAUCAUUUUGGAAUUGAUUUGGGAACGACAUACUCCUGUGUUGGAGUUUGGAUAAAUGAUAGAGUUGAAAUUAUUGCCAAUGAUCAUGUUGGUCGUAAUUUUAACGACCAAAAAGUUCAAUCUGAUAUGAAGCAUUGGCCAUUUAAAAUAAUAGAUAAGAAUGGAAUGCCAUAUAUACAAGUAGAUUUCAAAGGCGAGAAGAAGGAUUUCUCACCUGAGGAAAUUUCCUCUAUGAUCUUGGUAAAGAUGAAGGAAACUGCAGAAGCUUAUCUUGGUACAAAAGUUAAUAAUGCCGUAAUUUCGUCACCAGCUUACUUUAAUAGUUCUCAACGUCAAUCUAUAAAAGAUGCCUGUGUGAUCGCCGGUUUAAAUGUACUUCGUAUAAUUAAUACAACAUCCUUAGCAGCUAUUGCUUAUGGUGGUGGUACUUUUGAUGUCUCCCUCCUAACUAUCGAAGAAGGAAUUCAUGAAGUAAAAGCCGUUGCUGGUGAUUCACAUCUUGGCGGUGAAGAUUUGAUAACAGACUUGACAGCUUGUGAACGCGCAAAACGUGAUCUUUCAACAUCUCCACAAACUUUCAUUGAAAUUGAUUCUCUCUUCGAAGGAAUCGAUUUCUAUACCUCCUUAACGCGUGUUAGAUUUGAAUCUACAAUGAAACUUGUUGAAAAAGUACUCCGAGAUUCUAAAAUCGAUGAAAAUCAAAUUCAUGAAAUUGUUCUUGUUGGUGGUUCAACUCGCAUUCCUAAAAUUCAAAAGUUGGUAUCUGAGUUCUUCAACAAUAAAGUACCAAACAAAUCUGUUCAUCCUGAUGAAGCAAUGGCAUAUGGUGCCGCCAUUUUAGCUGCUAUUUUAACUGGUGAUACUUCUGAAAAAACUCAAGAUUUACUUUUACUCGAUGUUGCUGCUUUAUCUCUUGGUAUUGAAACUACCGGUGGUGUCAUGAAACCGUUAAUUAAGCGUAAUACUAUAAUACUUACAAAGAAAUCUGAAAUACUUACAACAAAUUCUGACAACCAAUCGGGAAUACUUAUUCUAGUUUAUGAAGGAGAAAGGGCUCGUACUAAGAAUAACAAUUUGCUUGGAAAGUUCGAAUUGACUGGAAUUGCUCCAGCUCAAAGAGGUAUUCCAAAAAUUGAAAUCGUUAUUGAUAUUGAUGCAAACUGUAUAUUAAACGCACGUAUAGGAUAUUCUACUAUAAUUUUUAUUAUUGUCAUAUUUAAGGUAGCUGCUGUUGAUAAAACAACUGGAAGAUCGAAUAAGAUAACGAUCACGAAUGACAACGGUCGACUGUCAAAGGAAGAAAUCGACCUUACCGAAGAAAUGAAAUAUCGUGAAGAUGAUGAAAAAAUACAGGCACGAAAUCGAUUGGAAAGUUAUGCAUUUAACUUACGUAACACACUUGAUGAUGAGUUACAUCGAAUUAACCUACUUAAAGAUGCAAUUCAAGAAUCGAUUAAAUGGCUUGAAAAUAACAAAGGGAAAUGA